GCUGCCGCCGCCGCCGCCGCGGCUCUGCAGAGCUCGCCAGCCCGCCUGGGAGGCGAGGGAGCGCGGGGCUGGGCCCGGGGCCGCUGCGACAGGCAGCAGCCGCGGCGGGGACGCGGGGCGCGAGCGGGCGGCGCGGUAUCGUCGGGGGCCGCCGGGACCGGGCCAGCGUCGGGGCGCGCGGCUAGGCGGGCGCAGGUGGGCGAUCCCACAGGGGCGGAGGAUUCCACAAGGCGCAGGCGGGAGAACCCGGAGCCCGGCAAGGCCAGGGGCGCCGCCGGGCCCGCGUGCGCAGGUGGUGAGUGCCCGGAGCACAGGUGGAGGCGCGGCGGCAGCCCGCGGUGCUUAGGGUGACCAGGGAGUGGGUCUGGCUCCGGGGGCGGUGGGAGCCCGGGCGCGUCGGAGGGCACAGCGCGGGGCCCCGCCGAGCCAUCCAGGCGCAGGCCCCGCGGGGCGCACGGGGGUCCCCGGGGGACUGGCGCCCUGGCCCGGGCAUGAGGCGCGGCGAGGCCGGCAAGAGCCGGAGGAGGAGCCGCCGCCGCUGUUGACCUGGCAGCCGGACGGGAGCUGGGAGAGAUGCGGAGCCCGGCCACCGGCGCCCCCCUCGCAACGCCGCCGCCCCUGUUGCUGCUGCUGCUGCUGCUGCCGCUGCCACUAUUGGGAGAACAAGUUGGGCCCUGUCGUUCCUUGGGGUCCAGGGGACGCGGCUCUGGGGCCUGUGCCCCUCUGGGCUGGCUCUGUCCAUCCUCAGCGUCGAACCUCUGGCUCUACACCAGCCGCUGCACGGAUGCGGGCACUGAGCUGACUGGCCACCUGGUACCCCACCACGAUGGCCUGAGGGUUUGGUGUCCAGAAUCCGGGGCCCAUAUUCCCCUACCACCAGCUCCUGAAGGCUGCCCCUGGAGUUGUCGCCUCCUGGGCAUUGGAGGCCACCUUUCGCCACAGGGCAAGCUCACACUGCCCCAGGAGCACCCGUGCUUAAGAGCCCCACGGCUCAGAUGCCAGUCCUGCAAGCUGGCACAGUCCCCCGGGCUCAGGGCAGGGGAAGGGUCACCAGAAGAGCCCAUGGGUGGGCGUCGGAAAAGGAUUAAUACAGUCCCCCAGUUCCAGCCCCCCAGCUACCAGGCCACAGUGCCAGAGAACCAACCAGCAGAUACCCCUGCUGGUUGCUAGAGAACCAACCAGCAGGCAUCCCUGAGGGCCAUCGACCCAGACGAGGGUGAGGCAGGUUGACUUGAGUACACCAUGGAUUCCCUCUUUGAUAGCAGCUCCAACCAGUUCUUCUCCCUGAACCCAAUCACUGGUGCAGUAACCACAGCCGAGGAGCUGGAUGGUAAGACCAAGAGCACCCACGUCUUCAGGGUCACGGCGCAGGACCACGGCAUGCCCCGACGAAGUGCCCUGGCUACACUCACCAUCUUGGUUACUGACACCAAUGAUCAUGACCCUGUGUUUGAGCAGCAGGAGCACAAGGAGAGCCUCAGGGAGAACCUGGAGGUUGGCUAUGAAGUGCUCACUGUCAGAGCCACGGAUGGUGAUGCCCCUCCCAAUGCCAAUAUUCUGUACCGCCUGCUGGAGGGGCCUGGGGGCAGCCCCUCUGAAGUCUUUGAGAUCGACCCUCGCUCUGGGGUGAUCCAAACCCGUGGCCCUGUGGAUUGGGAAGAGGUAGAAUCCUAACAGUUGACGGUAGAGGCAAGUGACCAGGGUCGGGACCCGGGUCCUCGGAGUACCACAGCCGCUGUUUUCCUUUCUGUGGAGGAUGACAAUGACAAUGCCCCCCAGUUUAGUGAGAAGCGCUGUGUGGUCCAGGUGAGGGAGGAUGUGACUCCGGGGGCCCCAGUACUCCGAGUCAGAGCUUCGGAUCAAGACAAGGGGAGCAAUGCCCUGGUGCACUACAGCAUCAUGAGUGGCAAUGCUCGGGGACAGUUUUAUCUGGAUGCCCAGCCUGGAGCUCUGGAUGUGGUGAGCCCCCUUGACUAUGAGACCACCAAGGAGUAUACCCUACGGGUGUGAGCACAGGAUGGUGGCCGUCCCCCACUCUCUAAUGUCUCUAGCUUGGUGACAGUGCAGGUCCUGGAUAUCAACAAUGCCCCCAUCUUUGUCAGCACCCCUUUCCAGGCUACUAUCCUGGAGAGCGUCCCCUUAGGCUACCUGGUUCUCCACGUCCAGGCUAUCGAUGCUGAUGCUGGUGACAAUGCCCGCCUGGAAUACCGCCUUGCUGGGGUGGGACCUGACUUCCCCUUCACCAUCAACAAUGGCACAGGCUGGAUCUCUGUGGCUGCUGAGCUGGACCGGGAGGAAGUUGAUUUCUACAGCUUUGGGGUAGAAGCUCGAGACCAUGGCACUCCAGCACUCACUGCUUCGGCCAGCGUCAGCGUGACUGUCCUGGAUGUCAAUGACAACAAUCCAACCUUUACCCAACUCGAGGACACAUUGCAGCUCAAUGAGGAUGCAGCUGUGGGCACUAGCGUGGUGACGGUGUCAGCUGUGGACCGUGAUGCUCAUAGUGUCAUCACCUACCAGAUCACCAGUGGCAAUACCUGAAACCGCUUCUCCAUCACCAGCCAAAGUGGUGGUGGGCUGGUAUCCCUUGCCCUGCCACUGGACUACAAACUUGAGCGGCAGUAUGUGUUGGCUGUUACUGCCUCCGAUGGCACAUGGCAGGACACGGCACAGAUUGUGGUGAAUGUCACCGACGCCAACACCCACCGUCCUGUCUUUCAGAGCUCCCACUAUACAGUGAAUGUUAAUGAGGACCGGCCAGCAGGCACCACAGUGGUGCUGAUCAGCGCCACGGAUGAGGACACAGGUGAGAAUGCCCGCAUCACCUACUUCAUGGAGGACAGCAUCCCCCAGUUCCGCAUCGAUGCAGACACGGGGGCCGUCACCACCCAGGCUGAACUGGACUACGAAGACCAAGUGUCUUAUACCCUGGCCAUUACUGCUCGGGACAACGGCAUUCCCCAGAAGUCUGACACCACCUACCUGGAGAUCCUGGUGAACGACGUGAAUGUCAAUGCCCCUCAGUUCCUGCGCGACUCCUACCAGGGCAGUGUCUAUGAGGAUGUGCCACCCUUCACUAGCGUCCUGCAGAUCUCUGCCACUGAUCGUGAUUCUGGACUUAAUGGCAGGGUCUUCUACACUUUCCAAGGAGGCGACGAUGGAGACGGUGACUUUAUUGUCGAGUCCACGUCAGGCAUCGUGCGAACGCUGCGGAGGCUGGAUCGAGAGAACGUGGCCCAGUAUGUCUUGCGGGCAUAUGCAGUGGACAAGGGGAUACCCCCAGCCCGCACGCCCAUGGAAGUGACAGUGACUGUGCUGGAUGUGAAUGACAAUCCCCCUGUCUUUGAGCAGGAUGAGUUUGAUGUGUUUGUGGAAGAGAACAGCCCCAUUGGGCUGGCCGUGGCCCGGGUCACAGCCACUGACCCCGAUGAAGGCACUAAUGCCCAGAUUAUGUACCAGAUUGUGGAGGGCAACAUCCCUGAGGUCUUCCAGCUGGACAUCUUCUCUGGGGAGCUGACAGCCCUGGUAGACUUAGACUACGAGGACCGGCCUGAGUACGUCCUGGUCAUCCAGGCCACGUCAGCUCCUCUGGUGAGCCGGGCUACAGUCCACGUCCGCCUCCUUGACCGCAAUGACAACCCACCAGUGCUGGGCAACUUUGAGAUCCUUUUCAACAACUAUGUCACCAACCGCUCAAGCAGCUUCCCUGGGGGUGCCAUUGGCCGAGUACCUGCCCAUGACCCUGAUAUCUCAGAUAGUCUGACUUACAGCUUUGAGCGGGGAAAUGAACUCAGCCUGGUCCUGCUCAAUGCCUCCACGGGCGAGCUGAAGCUGAGCCGCGCACUGGACAACAACCGGCCUCUGGAGGCCAUCAUGAGCGUGCUGGUGUCAGACGGCGUGCACAGCGUGACGGCCCAGUGCGCGCUGCGUGUGACCAUCAUCACUGAUGAGAUGCUCACCCACAGCAUCACGCUGCGCCUGGAGGACAUGUAACCCCAGCGCUUCCUGUCACCACUGCUGGGCCUCUUCAUCCAGGCGGUGGCCGCCACGCUGGCCACGCCACCGGACCACGUGGUGGUCUUCAACGUCCAGCGGGACACUUUUCAAUUCCUUCAGCACUACAGGGAGGAGCUCCGGCCUCCUCCGCUAGAAACUGUCGCAUUUCCGCCGCUAUGCCGGAAAGCACCAGAGUCCUCCCGCAGGCCGCAGUCCUCCAGGCCCAGCUCCAGCCCCGCCCAUCACCGGAAGUGA